CUUUCCAAAACCGGAAGUAGUUAAUGUUGCAAAAGUGAAAUAGAUAACUUUAUGUAAAAUCGAUUCAAAUAGACAGGAUUUACUGUCUGUAUGGAGACCUAUGAUGUAAUUGCAAAUCAGCCCGUUGUAAUAGACAAUGGGUCUGGUGUUAUCAAAGCAGGUUUUGCAGGGGACCAAGUACCAAAGUACAUCUUUCCGAACUAUGUUGGUCGUCCCAAACAUGUACGAGUGAUGGCGGGAGCUCUUGAAGGGGAUGUGUUCCGAGGACCAGAAGCUGAGGAACACAAGGGACUGCUGUCUAUCCGGUACCCGAUGGAGCACGGGAUAGUGACGGACUGGAAUGACAUGGAGAGGAUAUGGCAGUAUAUUUAUUCCAAAGACCAGCUACAGACAUUCUCAGAGGAGCAUCCAGUUCUUUUAACAGAAGCACCUCUCAACCCAAGAAGAAAUCGAGAAAAAGCUGCAGAAAUCUUCUUUGAAACUUUUAAUGUACCAGCCUUAUUUAUUUCAAUGCAAGCUGUUUUAAGUUUAUACGCGACGGGCAGGACGACAGGUGUGGUGCUGGACUCUGGUGACGGUGUCACCCAUGCGGUCCCCAUCUGCGAGGGCUUCGCGAUGCCGCACAGCAUCAUGAGGGUGGACAUCGCUGGCCGCGACGUCACGCGAUACCUCCGCCUACUCCUCAGGAAAGAGGGCUUCAACUUCCACACGUCAGCCGAGUUUGAGGCAGUGAAGGUCAUUAAAGAGAAACUGUGCUAUCUGUCUUUAAAUCCACUGAAAGAGGAGAGCUCCGAAACGGAAAAGAUCCAGUACACACUUCCAGACGGUAAUAUAAUAGAGAUUGGACCAGCGAGAUUCCGCGCCCCUGAGCUGUUGUUCCGACCAGACCUGGUAGGAGAUGAAGCUGAGGGAAUCCAAGACGUCCUCAUCUUCUCUAUAAACAAGUCCGACAUGGACCUUAGGAGAAUUCUCUAUUAUAACAUUGUUUUAUCGGGAGGAUCCACAUUAUUUAAAGGUUUUGGUGAUAGACUGCUUAGUGAAGUUAAGAAACAAGCUCCUAAAGAUAUAAAAAUUAAGAUAGCGGCACCACAAGAAAGGCUAUAUUCAACGUGGAUAGGUGGUUCUAUUCUUGCCUCACUGGACACAUUUAAGAAAAUGUGGGUGUCGAAACGGGAAUACAAUGAAGAAGGGGUGAAGGCGAUACACCGAAAGACAUUCUAGGACUUAAACACUUUUUAAAUUAUCCCAGUCUCUGUACAUGUUAAUGCUAUAAUAUUUAUGUUUCAUCUGCUGCAACAACAUGCACUUGUAUCCAUGGUUUCAGUCAUGUGAUACCAACAACCAAUGGUUGUGUUUGUUACAAAGGACAUGACGCAGUAAUACGAUCUGCUAUUGGUGGAGAUUGUUAGUGUGUGCUGCAGUUUGAAUAUAAUUGUCAUAAUACAGCAGCCAUCAUGAUGAAGCUAGAAACUACACAGGACGAUUUUCAUUUAUGAAAGUGAUUUCUCUUCACUUGAAGUGGAAUGACCUAUUUCUGUGUGUCAUUACAUAUAUAUAACAUGCAAGUUCAAGCUAAGAAGAACUAGGAUUACAGGGUAUACAUUAUAUUUGGAUAGAGGGCGCUGUUUCUGGGUGGGAGGUGGGGGGAUGUAAUGGUAGGAGCCCUGAUCACAUUACAUAGUCUACUCAUGACAGAUGUGUUCUGAAUCUGAUUGUUGUGGUGGGGGUGGGGGAUGGGUUAGGGCACUCUACUCAUGAUGGAGACACCUGAAUCUGAGGACUGGUUUUUCUUGUACUAAGCCCCUGGCAUAUCGGAUGACAGAUGUGCUGGAAUCUUGAAGGGAUAAGGACACAGACUAUAAGAGUUGAUUGCUUGGUUAAUGGGAUUAACUGGGCUUGCAUUCACAAGGAGUCAUGAUAUUCAAUAUGGAUGGCAUUGCUACACUAAAACCCUACAAAAAACAGUAAUGAUAGACUAAGACAUGGGCAAAACCUUGGCAGUACAACAAUAACGUUCCUUCAAAACACAAUUAGACAGAAUCUUAAAACUGCUUCGUGUGAUAUAUGCUGUUGCAGCAAAAUCACAUUGUCUUAAAAGGUUGUAAAUAUAGGAUACUCCUCCAGUAUCUUGUGAUCUCAAUUUAUCAGCACGAGUUGAUAAAAUCCGAGUGCUGAUAAAUUAUAUCACAAGACACAAGGGGGGUAUUCUUUUUAUCGUCCAUUAUCAUUCUUUUCAUUUGCGACAGUUGUAAACAAUGUCAGUAAUGUGGGUUGAAUGUCAGUAUAUUUGGCAGUGGUAGACUCGUUAACAGCAGAAUGGUAGUGCGUCACUAAUGAUGGGUUUAGCUCUGAAACCAACACAGUGACGUAACAAAAUAUUGUCUUGUGAUUAAAAUUUGACCAAUCAAGAUUAGGAGAGAUGCAAAUUAUAGUGCCAGCGAUAUCUCCUACCAAAGCCUUUAAUGGAUGAUAAGUGGAGAUAUCGGGUUUUGAAAACCAGUUAUACAUUAUUGCAAAUACUGGUGUUGAGUGAAAACAGUGACUGGUUAAUGUUGGAACUCAUUCUUAAAUGUCUUGAGUCUGGCUCAAGUCUCCGAUUGAGUCUGCAUGUAAUGUGUUAUAUGUAGAUUAAGUCUGGGCCCAAUUCAAGACUUGAUAGUCUUGAAUGUGAUUUUAAAUAACACGUUAGUGUUGAGGAUUGUACAUUAAUAUGAUUCAAUAAUGUAUUAAAUUAUCAGUGACUUGUCUUA